AAAGAGUUGUAUUUUGGGAGGAAUGAGCAAAAAGGAGUAGAGAUAAUGGUAAUUACAAGCUUCUUAAGUUACGAUUAUGGAAGUGGUUCCUUUGUCGGAUGUUCAACAUGUUGAAGAAGAAGACUCUGAUUCUGCAAAGAUUUCUGGAACUGCUUUGUUCUAUGACGGACAAUCUAACAACUGCAUCGAUCGUCAACAACAACCAGCGCCGAUGGCAAAUGGUGGACUCAGUGACUUAUCGCUAAAUGUGGGGGUCGACCAAAUUAACACUAAAUGUGAUUUUCAAGGGCCUCCUGAAUUUUUGCCUGCUUCGGGGCACUGUAGUUCGGAUUCAUAUUCUAACUAUCUCAUGGAUGCUCAAAAAGCAUCUUGUGCUUCCCCUGAUUCUGAAUUUGAUGAUGCCAACACCGAUAAUUACUCCACUGAAUCCUGUUUAGCAUCUGAAAACUCUCGUAUAGUUGUUGAUACCAUUGAAGAUGAAUUAACUACCAACAGCAAGCCAGAGGAGUUGUCUGUUUCAGGGCCACACCCAAUGUGGUUGGAAGGGGAUGAAUCUGUGGCGCUUUGGGUGAAGUGGAGAGGGAAGUGGCAGGCAGGAAUUAGAUGUGCAAGGGCGGACUGGCCACUAUCUACUCUUAAAGCCAAACCUACACAUGACAGGAAGAAGUAUUUUGUGGUCUAUUUUCCACACACAAGGAACUAUUCCUGGGCAGAUGCGUUGCUUGUUCGUUCUAUUGAGGAAUUUCCUCAGCCUAUUGCUUACAAGAGCCACAAAGCUGGUUUAAAAUUGGUUGAAGAUGUAAAAGUUGCAAGGAGAUUUAUAAUGAAAAAACUUUCUGUUGGAAUGCUGAAUAUCAUAGACCAAUUUCACCUUGAGGCUCUAAUAGAGAGUGCACGUGAUGUAACGACUUGGAAGGAGUUUGCCAUGGAAGCUUCACGCUGUAAUGGUUAUUCCGAUCUUGGUAGAAUGCUCAUGAAGCUGCAGAAUAUGAUAGUGCAGUGCUUCAUAAAUUCAGAUUGGCUUCAAAAUUCUUUGCAUUCCUGGGUACAACGAUGUCAAAAUGCUCAAACUGCAGAAAUGAUUGAAAUGCUCAAGGAGGAAUUGGCUGAUGCUAUUUUGUGGGACAAAGUGAAGUCUCACGGUGAUGCACCAGUGCAGCAUACUUUCAGUUCUGUGUGGAAAACCUGGAAGCAUGAAGUUACAAAAUGGUUUUCCAUAUCUCCCACCCUUCCCAUUACGAGAGACAAAGAGCAGCAGACUGUUGAAGCUUUCUUAGCUACAGCUCUCCAAGUUAGCAGGAAGAGACCCAAGCUUGAAGUUCGUCGUGCAGAGGCACAUGCUUCACUGGUGGAAUCAAAGUGCUCAGACCAAGCUAUGGCUGUUGAUAUUGAUUCUGUUUUUUUCAAUAACCGAAACAGUUUAAAUGCUAAAUUAGCAUCUGAAUCUCACAAGGGAGAGGCAAGGGAGAUCGUUACAUCAGCAGGCUCACUCAGUACUGUACCUUGCAGGUUGACUGGGAUUGUGGUUCAAACUGGAAAUUUGGAUCUAGCCUCUUGCAAGGAUGUGGAACUGAUGCCUCGAGCUGAAGUAGUUGCAGAAAAAUCCUUAACUUACGGUAACAAAAACAGACAAUGCAUAGCUUUUAUUGAAUCCAAGGGAAGGCAGUGUGUUAGGUGGGCUAAUGAGGGUGAUGUUUACUGUUGUGUGCAUUUGUCCUCUCGUUUCACUGGCAACGCUGAUAAGAAAGAACAGACUCGUUCUGUUGAAUCACCAAUGUGCCAAGGUACUACUGUUCUUGGAAGUAGGUGCAAACAUCGAUCCCUGUUUGGCUCCUCAUUCUGUAAGAAGCACAGACCAAGGAGUGAAACAAAAACGGAGUCCACUUCCCUUGGAAAUAAGCUUAUUGAGAAGCAACAGGACAUUUAUAGUGUAGAAGACACUAGUAAUAAAGAAAAUCCCCUUGGAGUGGAUGAGGCUGACGUGAUCAAUAAUGGAAAUAGCUCAUCUGACAAGCUUGAACAUCAUGGAAAAGAUUCUAUUGCCUCAGAGCUUCGACAUUGUAUUGGGUCUUGCGAACAUAUUGACAGUAAUCCAUGUUUAGAAAGCCCAAAACGUCAUUCCUUAUAUUGUGAAAAACACCUACCUAGCUGGCUUAAACGUGCAAGAAAUGGUAAGAGUAGAGUAAUAUCGAAGGAAGUGUUCAUGGAUCUUUUAAGAGACUGUAACUCACAAGAGCCAAAAAUACAUUUGCAUCAAGCCUGUGAGCUAUUUUACAGGCUUUUCAAAAGUAUUUUAUCACUGAGGAAUCCAGUGCCUAUGGAGGUUCAAUUUCAGUGGGCACUUUCUGAAGCUUCUAAAAAUUUGGGAGUUGGGGAACAAUUUUUGAAAUUGGUAGGUCGUGAAAAGGAAAGAUUGAAAAGGAUAUGGGGAUUUGAUGCGGAAGAUGCACAACUUUCCUCGCCUUCAAUGGAAGCGGCAACUUCAGGGCCAUUAUUAACUUCAGGUAAUUGCGGUGAUGAUAUGAGUAUCAGAUGCAAAAUUUGCUCAGAAGAAUUUCUUGAUGAUCAAGCACUCAGUACUCACUUCAUGGAUGGUCAUAAAAAGGAAGCACAGUGGCUGUUCAGAGGUUAUGCUUGUGCCAUCUGCUUGGAUUCGUUCACCAAUAAGAAAGUUUUAGAAACUCAUGUGCAGGAGAGACACCAUGCACCAUUUGUUGAGCAAUGCAUGCUUCUGCAGUGUAUUCCUUGUGGCAGCCAUUUUGGGAAUACCGAACAAUUAUGGUUACAUGUAGUUACUGUUCAUCCGAUUGAUUUUAGAUUGUCAAAUUCUAGCAGGCAGCAGAAUUCUUCUUCUGGUGAGGAUUCCCCAGUCAAACCCACGCAGUGUAAUAUAGUUUCUAAGGCUAAGGACAACAAGAAUGUAGGAGGUUUACGAAAGUUUAACUGUAGGUUCUGUGGUUUAAAGUUUGAUUUACUCCCUGAUCUAGGUCGCCACCAUCAAGCUGCGCAUAUGGGGCCAGGUUUAGUGAACUCUCGACCUGCAAAGAGGGGAUUUCAUUAUUAUGCUUAUAAAUCAAAAUCUGGGAAACUUGGUCAUCCUAGAUUUAAGAAGACUAAGGCAGGUGUGUCAAAUAGGAUCAGAAACAGAACAAAAGCUAGCAUGAAAAAACAUAUACAAGCUUCAAAGUUACUAAGCACAGGAAGUAUAAAUCUUCAACCUCAUGUGUCCCAGUUAGCAAGUUCUCGUAAAUUGACCCAAGGUUCAACUGUUGCAAAGGCAUUGGUUUCUGAGAUUCAGAAAAGAAAACUAUCGCCUACCAAUAUUGACAUUUUGUCUAUUGCUCAGUCUGCCUGUUGUAAGGUCAAUUUUAAAGUCCUUCUGGAACAGAAGUUUGGAGUAUUACCUGAAUAUUUUUAUCUUAAGGCAGCUGAAUUAUGCAGGGAAAAAGGCAAAGUUAACUGGUAUAUCAAGGGAUUUGUUUGUCCUAAUGGAUGUGAGACAUUUGAGGAUCCUCUUUUGCUUGCCCAUUUGAUGCCUCAUCCAAACAGUUUUGGUGACAAUGAGAAUGCACACACUCCCGAUCCUGUGAGUAGCAAAUGGAAAAGUCAUGGAUGCAGUUAUGUCAGCGGUUCUCAUCUUUCAAGCCAGCAGUUUAGAGAAAAAGCUGUCGUUUUGUGUGAAGAUAUAAGCUUUGGCCAGGAAUUAGUUCCUGUGGUCUGUGUAGCUGAUGACUGUCAAAGGAACCCACAUCACAUGUCUCUGGCUAACUCUGGUGCUCAAAAUGUUGGAUACUCCAUGCCUUGGGAGAAUUUUACCUACAUUAAGAAACCAUUGCUUGAUAAAUCCCUCGCCAUUCAUACAGAGAGUUUGCAGUUCGGAUGUGCCUGCCCUCAUUCACUCUGUUCUUCUGAAACAUGUGAUCAUGUAUACCUCUUUAAUAGUGAUUACGAAGACCCAAAGGACAUUUAUGGGAAUCCCAUGCUUCGCAGGUUCCCCUAUGAUGAGAAUGGUCGAAUUAUUCUGGAGGAAGGUUACCUUGUCUAUGAGUGUAACGAAAUGUGCAGCUGUAGUAGAACCUGUCCAAAUAGAGUGUUGCAAAAUGGUGUUCAAGUGAAACUUGAAGUCUUCAUGACGGAGACAAAGGGAUGGGCAGUGAGGGCUGGUGAAGCAAUCCUGCGUGGUACAUUCGUCUGUGAGUAUAUUGGGGAGGUGUUGGAUGAGCAGGAAGCAAACAGGAGACGGUACAGGUAUAACAGUGAAGGCAGCUGCUAUUUCUUGGAUGUGGAUGCUCAUAUUAAUGACAUUAGCAGAUUAGUUGAAGGAUCAGCCAGAUAUAUUAUUGAUGCCACAAAUUAUGGAAAUGUUUCGAGAUUCAUAAAUCACAGUUGCUCGCCAAAUCUCGUGACUUACCAAGUUCUUGUCGAAAGCAUGGAAUAUCAACGAUCACAUAUUGGAUUGUAUGCAAACCGGGAUAUAGCUACAGGUGAAGAGCUGACAUUCAAUUACCGACGCGUACUAUUGCCCGGAGGAAAUGGCUGUGAAUCUUCAAGUUGCUGAGGCCUCAUCUGAAGAACAAGUACAGCCUAUCAUUUGAGGGAAAAAGAUCUGGAGCUUUAGAUUUUGGAACGAGAAGCAAGAGGGGUUCCGAGAGUGCAUGCCCUGCACCGUUUUAAGGUUUAUUCCCUCAUCUAGCCAAGCAACUCCCUCAGCCUGGAAACUAUACCGUUGAAAAUCAGAGGAAAAUGGCAAAACAAAUCUUCUGUAUGUAGGAACUUGUUACCGGUUGAAAAGAUGUCGAUCCCUCCAACCUUCUCUAGUUUGUAGUUUCGGAUUAUCUUACUUUCACUACUGGAUCUACUUAGUCUAGCAAAUUGUAAAUGCUUCUUUUUGGUUUUCUAAAGUUUUAAGGAAGUUUUAGGAAUAAAAAUGUUCCUUUUUUCCA